AUGGCUACUAUCGGACGCUCCAAGUUCAUUCUUGAGGAUUAUGAACAAUGGCAAAAUUUGGUCAAUGCUCUUGAGAAAUCGACUAAUAAGAAAUGUACUGUCGCUAUCAAGAAUGAUAAGGUGCAAGUCAAAGCUAAAGAGGCCUCUGCCACUAAGAAGCUCAUCACGAUGACUACUGGAGGCGGAUCGGGAGAACAAGAAUCCGAGGCAGCAGUGAAAGAGCAAGAGUUGCGUACUCUUGCUAACGAGAUAUUUAGCAAACAUGCGAUCGAAAAGUCCAACGGUGGCCCUGGAAAGAUCUUAACUACGCCCUGGGAUCCAACAUGUCAAUAUAAAUUGACUUACCACGGUGCCUGGAUUUGGGCACAAGGUGCUGUGGCCAACAUUGCGACCACCGAUAUACCGCCGAAUACAUCCGAGUUCCGCUACGAGGUCAAGAAGAAUCGGUGGAUCCACCCUGACAUGGGGGUGGAUCAUCGAGUUCAACUUCGUUUACAAGGUAAACCUCAAGGAGCCCAAGGAUUCGACACCGCAGAUCAUCCUAUUCAACACGGUGGAUCCGGUUCCAAGAAGAAUCCUACCUACAAACAUUCCUCGAUCUCCCAUUCCAGCUCCAUGCCCAAUAUGAAGGCGGACAUGGUGAAGAUAGGUGAAAAGCGGGUUGCAUCCAACCCUGGGGAGAUGCUUGAUAUCAAGCCCGACCUGAAGAAGAUCAAGGUCGAACCAGAUUUCAGCAAUACCAUCAAUGAUCCAAUAUAUGUCUCUAGCGAAUUCAAAAGCGACUGGCAAAGUGAAAGUGAAAGUCGCAGUAUCUCCAUCAAGUUCGAGCUCCCCUCCACCGCUCACUCGGUGGAAUUGGAAUUGUUCCUCUCCAACUGCAACAUAGCGUUUGAAGACGAAAAGACCAGAACCCUAAUCAAAGAAGCCGGGUUUAAGUCGUGGACCGACUUCAUCCCAAGCCUCCAGCUCACUGAAUCCACCCUGACCUCCAAGGGUAUCGACCGACAAAUAGCCAACCGGCUAUUGACUGAAGCUCAAGCUCGUUUCUCAAAGUUGCAGAAUGUAUCCAAAAAAAAAGAGGUAUUUGACUGA